CUGUGGUGCGCCUCUGCGCUGUGUGCCAGCCCUUUCCCCGCAGUGGCGCUGUGCUGCCGUGCCGACCUCCCGCCGUGCCGAGGCGCGCUUCCUUCCGCCGUCUUUUUACCUCAGCCCUCCUCCUCCCUCCGCGCCUUCUGGAGCCUUCCGCCGCCGCCACGCGGAUUCCGCUGGCGUCAUCUCCGUGCGCCCGCGCGGCGCGGCCAUGGCGCUGUUCUGCAUCAACAGGUACGGCGGGGAGGAGGAUCAGGAGGAGGGGGCUGAGGCGCAGGUCCGGGCUCGGGUCCUGCUGGAGCGGCUGCAGCAGCAGGCACGGGCUCGGCAGCUGAAGAAGCAGAAGGAAGCGCAGCCCGAGGGAGAGGAAGGCGAGUUGUGCCCGGGGGUCGGAGGGCUGAGCCCCGGGAGUGAACCCGGGCGAGGAAAAAGGAAGAAGAAAAGUGAGAGUGAAGAGCAGCCCUGUGCGCCAGGGCAGAAGCGUCUGAAGAAGAAACGGCCUCGCAGCUCUUCUGCAGACCGGGCGGGCACUGAGGGGUCAGCAGAUGGUAGCAGUCCCUCGAAGAAGAAGAAAGAAAAUAGACGAAAAUCGAAAGUGCUGCAAGAGAGGACUGAAGCAGAUUCUGAAGAAGACAUCAAACAACAUGAAAACAGAAGCAACUUUAAAAAUAAGUCUUCUGAAAGGAAGAAGAGGCAUGAGGAAACAGAGGGAGCUGAAACAAGGAAGGAGGAGAACAGUGAAGGAGCUGAAGGAAAUCAAAGCACAAAGGAGGAGCUGUCCUUAGCAGCCUCAGAGGAAGAGGCAAAACCGCCACCCUCCAGUUUGAUGGUUCUUGGAGACUAUGAUAGAAAGCCAGUGCAGAAGGUUCAGCCCUUCUUACCACACUGGCUUGCUCAACCCAAAUUAGUGCAAAAAUGUAUCAAAGAUAAUCUGUUUCCAAUUGGAGAUUUCCCAGGAAUUCAUCCUCGACUGUUGAAAAAGCUGCAAGUGAAUGGGAUAGAGUCCUUCUUUCCAGUUCAGGCAGAGGUGAUUCCUGCUAUUCUACAGAGUGCAUCCAAUGGGUACUUGCUGGGGCAGGGAGGAUACUGCCCCAGAGACAUCUGCGUCUCUGCACCUACUGGCAGUGGUAAAACCCUGGCCUUCGUCAUACCCAUAGUCCAGGUUCUGCUAGAUCGAGUAGUUUGCCAAGUACGAGCUCUGGUGGUUCUGCCCACCAAAGAACUGGCACAACAGGUGAGUAAAGUGUUCAACAUUUACACUGAUGGGACGGGUCUGAAGGUUGUUUUGAUUACUGGCCAGAAAUCGUUUGCAAAGGAGCAGGAGAUGCUUGUCCAGAAAAAAGUGACAGGCUACUGCAGCCUGGCUGAUAUUAUUGUGGCUACACCAGGGCGGCUCACAGAUCACAUCAGCCAGACCCCAGGGUUCAGCCUGACGCAGCUUCGCUUCCUGAUCAUAGAUGAAGCUGACCGUAUGAUCGAUGACAUGCACCAGAACUGUCUGAACCAAAUUGUCAAAGCUGCAUUCCGAGUAGAAAAUGACUCUGGCUCCAGCAUGCUUUUUCAGAGGACCAAACCAGGGCCUAUAACAGCAGCCAGCUCCUGCUAUCCUCGGAUACCCUUACAGAAACUGCUGUUUUCAGCCACACUCACCCAGGACCCCGAGAAACUGCAGCAGUUGGACUUAUUCCAGCCUCGCCUCUUCACAUCUGUCUAUUCUGAGAAAAAAACGCUCGGAGAUGGAACAGAGACAGAUCAAGAUACUAAUAAGAAAUUCACACUCCCUGAGGGGCUCUCGCAAUGUUAUGUGCCUUGUGACCUGAAUUCCAAGCCUUUGCUGCUCUUGCAUUUCAUGCUGACAAUGAAAUUUACCCGUGUGUUGUGCUUUACCAACUCCAGGGAAGCUUCUCACAGGUUGUUCCUGCUGGUUCAAGCCUUUGGUGGAGUCCCUGUAGCUGAAUUUUCUUCUCGGCUACCUCCAAAUGAGAGACAGAGAACCAUAAAGGAGUUUGAACAAGGAAAAAUACAACUGUUAAUCAGCACAGAUGCCACUGCACGAGGGAUUGACGUUAAAGCAGUGAAUUAUGUUAUAAACUACGAUGCGCCGCAGUUCAUCAGGACAUAUAUUCACCGAGUUGGAAGAACGGCUCGUGCAGGGAAAGUGGGUGUUGCUUUCAGCUUGGUCCUUAGAAUUCAGGAACGUAGGUUUCUGCAGAUGUUGAAGGAUGCUGGCAUCCAAGAUAUCAAAAAGCACCCAGUGAAGGGCAAUUCAUUAAAGCCAUUGGUGCAGCGAUAUGAGGAAGCUCUGUGUAAGCUGGAGAAGACAGUCAAGAAUGAGCAAGCACAGAAGCGAGCGUGAGUGAAUAAAUGCUGAGGAGGCUGUUUCAUGGAACAGAAGCUGCUGAAUGGGACAGGUCCUGGAGUGCUACUCAGCACUGUAAAAGUGAAACCCAGUCUCUGAAUGGUUGGCUCCUCAACCGUAUCAUUGCUCAAGUCGACUAUUACAGAGUUAGUUCCCCUUUCAAGGUCACUGUGAACAGAGUUCAGCUACUGGUUUAAAAAAAAAUAAAUAAAUUUUGAUAAGGAGAGACGACAACGGACUCCACACAAUUCAAUGUGAAUCAAGCAGAAGCCGCUUUAUUGUUCUCACUAUCCCUUUAUAUAGAGAGUUUUCUAUCCUUACAUGCGGCCACACGCCUUUUGAUUGGUAAAAGCCCUUUUGAACGAGGCAAUCACGCAGCUCGAUAAGUGUCCUUAUUGGUUCAUCUAGUUCCUGGUGUUCCUCUCAUGUAUCUGACUGCAGCUGUUUUCUUCCUCUUAUCUUGUUCUUGAUAUGCGGCUAUGUGUUUAGAGGAGGCUCCUUUAUGGCUGGUUCACUUCCUCUUAUCUUCUUCUUGGUAUGCGGUUGUGUGCUUAGGAGAGGCCCUCAUAUGGCUGAUUUCAUCAUAUGUCCAUUGUUCUCUAAAUAUGACCCCACAUUUUGAGAUACAGUUAUCUUGGAGAGGACUUUGCAUCAUAUCCCACUGCGUAUCUAAAACUGCCACCACUAAAGAGAAGCCAUUACGCAGCUCUUGAGUGGAGGCCUCAUGGAACUGCUGGCCUCCAACGGCGAGGCCUGUGCCUUGGCUCUGAACGGGGACAGCUAAUGGUUCUGGCUCACUGCACGUGCAGCUGCCAAUACACAAGCACCUAUACGGUGCCUGGAGCAGAAACAUGUUUGAAGAGCUGCUCUAGGCUGAAGUGACCGUGACUUUUAAAUAAAUGCAAUGUAUAUUUAAAA